AUGAUGGCCUCUACCGCCGUUUCCAGCGCUGACAAGCCGGCCUUGCCAGUCUACUCUCGCAUUCCCGGGGCUCGCUGCAUUGAGAUCAUCCACGACAUCCACGACCUCAGCGACCUGCGCGCCCAUCCUCCCAGCACCCUCGAGGACCCCAAGCAGUUCGACCAUCUGCAAUCUCUCGUCCACGCUUUCGCCGCUUUCAAGGCCGAGCUUCUAGCUGAAUUCGACGAGCCCCUCAAGAGUAUCGCUACUCAGCCUGCCGUGACCAUCGCCGCUCACACCGAACCCGAAUCCGAAACCAUGAGCGCCCGCCCGACUGUCCCCGGCCUCGCCACCAACGGCCUGCCCGUUCAGGGUGAAGGUGAUGCCUCCGCGACCGCUUCUCCCGCCCGCGGUAAGGCCAUGAAGGAAGCGCUGCUCCAGAAGCUGCGCCCGCCGCCGCUCGAGCACUCUUGGGAGUUCUGGCACGACCGCCAGGGCCGCGAGUCGAAGCCGGCCUGGGCCCAGGAGGAGGAGCAGAAGCUCCAGCAGCAGAACGGCUCCGACCCCGACUCACCCACCGACAAGGUCAACGAAUCCAACGAAUACGAAUCGCGCCUGGUCAAGCUGCACGUGAUUCGCGACCUGCGCCAGUUCUGGGAGACGAUGAACCACUUCGAGCUGUCGACGCUGCGCCUGCGCGAUUCGGUACACCUGUUCCACCUGGGCGUCAAGCCGGUCUGGGAGGACCCGCGCAACUUGAAGGGCGGCGCCUGGACCUUCCGCGUGCCCAAGGAGAAGGCGCCGCAGUUCUGGAAGGAAGUGUCCAUGAUGGCCGUGGGCGGCGAGCUGCAGAGCGCCGUCGACAACAGCGCCAAGCGCAACGCCUUCAUUGACGACAUCUGCGGCAUCAGCUACAGCGUCCGCUUCAACUCCCACCUCAUUUCCAUCUGGAACCGUGACGCCGGCAACCAAGAGGGAAUUGACCGCCUCCGCGACGUCGUCCUUGGUGGCAUCUCCCCCGACCUCCAGAUCCGCGAGAACCAGUACUACUACAAGCGCCACUCCGAGCACGCCGGCUUCCGUUUCCCCAAUGCCGAGCAGAAGGAGUGA